AUGGCGGCCAAACGCAACCUGGGGCCCCACUCGGCCGAGUCUCCGGCGAAAAAGCAGAGCAAAUGGUCGGCUGAAGAGGAUGCUCUAAUUAUCGAACUGCGGGGAAGUGGUAUGAAAUGGGAGGACAUCUCUAAGCGGCUUCCUGGUCGGAGUGCGAUUAGCUGUCGGCUUCACUAUCAAAACUACCUCGAGAGACGAAGUGAGUGGGACGAAGAACGCAAAAACAAGCUUGCCCGAUUAUACGAAAGGUUCAAACCGGAAAUGUGGGCACGAGUUGCGGAGGAGAUGGCUGUACCUUGGAGAGCUGCCGAAGCUAUGCAUUGGCAGCUCGGCGAGGCGGAGAUGGCCAGGCGAGCGGGGGUGGUUCCUUUCUCGUUGACGACGGUUAGCACCAACGACCCCGCUGUAGGCCACAGGAGAACCUCGCCCUCUCGGGGUCAUGGCCACGCACACUCGCACGGAAACGUCUCUCGAGACGCCGCCAUCACGCCAAGAUAUGGACGAGGCCAGAUGGCCCCCUUCCCCGAGUCGAGCGGGCCCCAGCCGCCGCGAAAGCAUGCCUUCCCGCCCGCCGCCAAUACCCCACGACAUGCUUGA